CUACCCUCCAUCCAAACAACUCUUAAGUUAAAAAUUCUAUUUAAGUGGCCAUGGAAUCUGGGCUUGCUCAAAUCAUUCCAUGGCUGGAAACUAGUUUGGCCCCUUGGAUAGUCCUACCGCAUGAGCAGCCCCUUGUAUUUGCAGUAAUCAAUCUUCUGGCUAGCUAGCUACCUCUCUGCUGACCAUGGAUCUUCUCCCUCAUUUUCUCGCACUUGCAGGGCUGCUACUGCUAGCUCUUUACCUCCACUACUACCACAGGCCAAAACCAGCUGCUGCCAUCACCAAGGAAUAUUUACAUAAGCGCCAGCUAAACAGAGCCCCUGAACCUCCUGGAGCCUUGCCCUUCAUUGGCCACCUCCAUCUCCUGUGCAUGUCCGGCGCCGUCCCCGUUGCCCGCAUCCUAGCAGCCAUUGCAGACAAAUACGGAGGCAUUUUCUCCCUCCGGCUGGGCAGCCACCAAGCUCUGGUGGUGAGUAGCUGGGAGUUCGCAAAGGAGUGCUUCACCACCCACGACACCCUUUUCGCUUCCCGGCCGUUGAUGGCGCUGGGCAAGUACAUGGGCUACAACCACGCCGUGUUCGCGCUCGCGCCUUACGGACCGUACUGGCGCUACGUCCGGAAGAUAGUCACUCUGGAGCUUUUCACCGCCUGGCGGCUCGAGAAGCUCAAGCACAUCCGGGAAUCGGAAGUGGAUAUGUGCAUCAAAGAUCUGAACUUCCUCGACGAGAAUGAAGGCGGUCGUCCGUCGACCAUCCGGGUAAACAUGAACAAGUGGUUCGAACACUUGACAUUUAAUAUUAUCUCGAGGACGCUGGCUGGAAAGCGAUUUUCGGCCGGCGACACGCAAUCUGCAGACGAUUGUUUCAAGGAGGCGAUCAAGAGGGCGCUGUAUCUCAGUGGGAUUUUCGUAGUGUCGGAUGCCAUUCCCAGUCUGGAGUGGAUGGAUUUUGGCGGCCAUAUAAGAGCUAUGAAGCAGACGGGGAAGGAGAUUGAUGUGGCGCUUUCGCGCUGGCUGGAGGAACAUAAAAGGAAGACAGUUGAGGCUGGCGGAGCCACCGGUAAAGCUACUGAUCAUCAGGACUUCACGGAUGUUAUGCUGUCACUGCUUGCAGAGGACACCACAAUCUCCGGAUUCGACCGUGACACCAUAAUCAAGUCAACACUCCUGAUUCUGAUAUUGACGGGGUCCGAGAGUACAGCGGAUACGUUGAUAUGGGCUCUUUCUCUACUCCUUAACGAUCGUCAUGCUCUACAAGCUGUCCAAACAGAGCUCGAUGUCCAAGUAGGAAGAGAUAGAUGGGUGCAAGAAUCCGAUAUCACAAAGCUAAAUUACCUUCAAGCCGUAGUCAAAGAAACUCUCCGCUUGUACCCGCCGGGGCCCUUAUCAGGACCUCGGCAAGCCCUAGAAGACUGUCAAGUUGGUGGCUAUCAUGUCCGAAAAGGAACCCGCUUAAUCGUUAACCUCUGGAAGUUACAAAGAGACGCUCGAAUUUGGUCUAACCCCGACAAGUUCCAGCCAGAGAGAUUUCUCUCCAAUCACGCCAACAUAGGGUUCAGGGGGCAGCAAUUCGAGUACAUCCCGUUUAGCUCUGGCAGAAGAAUGUGCCCUGGCUUGACGUUUGGGUUGCAAGUGGUCCACCUAGGGCUCGCCCGGUUGCUUCACGGCUUUAGCAUAACAACUCCAGAGGAGAAGCCAGUAGACAUGUCGGAGGGAUUGGGCCUCUCCUUGCCCAAGGUGCAACCGCUAGAUGUCAUCCUCACGCCGCGCCUUCCGCUCGAGGUUUAUCAGAGCAUUUGAAUUUACUAUCAUCAAAGAUUAAAUAUUUGAAUAUAUAUAUAUAUAUAUAUUAGAAAAUAAAAGUAGUGUGAUCAGAGUGUGUGUGUAACUAUAUUCACGUGCAUGCCUUGGAUAUAUAUACUUGUCGUCUCUCUUUAAUGCACCUUUGUAGUUUUUGUCUAGAAUAUUAAAUAUGAAAACCUAUGCCUUGGAUAUAUGUACUUGU